UCGGCUCAGUUUACUAAACAUUCCGAACUCAUCAUCGGAAGCGUAAAGAAAAGACUUUUGUGAUGUGCUGAAAGAAUUCCAAGGUUAUAAACCGUAGGGCCGUAGCGAAGCCUAAUCCAGAUGUUGAGGAUGAACUGCCUCAAGUCGAGUUUGAUUGUGCUUGGCGUAUAUAUCGCCCUACUAGUACUGGUUCUACAUAGCCAACCUAGAAGCCAAGCAAAUUCACAAGAAAUUGAUCUUCCAAUCUGCAACAAGAGUUCAAACUUCUUUGUCCUCAAUGCUUCCUCAUCCUACAUACAGAACUUUAGCAGCCCAAAUUAUCCCAAAGUCUAUCCUUCCUACAGCUCUUGCACCUGGAUAAUAGGUGCUGCAAUGGGGCAACUGGUCAAGCUGACCUUUAGUGCCUUUUCCAUUUAUUCACCUUCAAGCUCAGACUCUAAGCAGUGUCCAUAUGCAUAUGUGAAGGUAACUGAGGAAGGUCUUGAAGGCAGUGAAUACAUCGUGGGUAGAUUUUGUGGAAAUGCCAAGCCUCAGACAAUUUACUCCAGCGGAGGGCAGCUACGUGUGGAGUUUAAAAACACAUUCAGGAUUGUUGCUGAAGGAUUUGUUGCAAAAUACACUGCCAUCCAACCAGGUACAGCCUGUUCUCCCUCAAACACGAUUGAUGAAAACAGCAACAUUCUUCUCCAUGCACCAAUGGGGCGAAUAGCUUCGCCAAGAUUUCCAAACUCCUAUUCAAGCAUCAUAGACUGCACCUGGAAGAUUACACUUCCUGUCAACAAGGCCAUCAACUUUACAUUUGAUUCAUUCACAAGAGUAUCUCGUGCAAUAUGUAGUGAUUCAUCCCUAGAGGUAUAUAAUAGCCGAUAUGGCCAUGGUCAUGGCGCUCAGCUGGGCUUGUUCUGUGGUGAGAUGGUCCCACCUGUCAUCUACUCUAGUGGGUGUCAUCUGUCACUACGAUUGAAGGCUGUUGAGCCGAGAAAGACCCUUAGCUUUAUUGGCAGGUUUCACUCUCUUUCUCAAGUUGUAAAUGGAUCAUGUGACGACACAGCUGGCCCCAACACCAUCAAGAUUGCCGCUACAGCAGGAAGUUUAUUCACACCAAACUAUCCUCAAGAAUACCCCAGUAACAAAGAAUGCACGUGGUUUAUAUCCGUGCCAUCUGGCCACAAUGUGCGUCUGGUGUUUUAUGCGUUCGACCUGUCAUCGGAUGUGGCAUGCAGUGAUGCAGUGGAGUUACGGGAUGGAAAGAGCCUAACCAACCCAGUGAAAAGUACAUUUUGUGGCAGCCAGAUCCCGCAAGCUUUAAUAAUGACUUCAAAUCUUAUGACUGUUAGGUUUAAAAGCAACUAUGAUGGUAACAGAAGAGGAUUUUUGGCAAUGUUUGAGACAACAAGUGAAAAGCCACAGGUCAAAACAACCCCACGUAUCCAACCAGGCGUUUGCUCCGCAUCAUAUGACCCCUCAGUUAACAACAACCUCCAGGUGUCUGGCCAGACGGGUACAAUAAAGAGCCCCAACUACCCCGCCCAGUACCCCAACAGCAUUAGUUGUACCUGGGUCAUCUCUGUCAAAGACGGCAACCGCGUCAAACUUUCCUUCUCUGACUUCUGGAUUGACGACCAGCAUGGUUGCUAUGGUGACUAUAUUGAAAUCCGUGAUGGCAGUUCAGGCUCAAGCCCGAUGCUUGGUCAGCGGUAUUGUGGGAACAAGGGCCCAGGGGACACGUUUAGUAGUGGUGCCCAGAUGAGGUUACAGUUUAUCUCAGAUGAUAGUGCCACAGGCCAGGGCUUCAAAGCAACCUUUUCAUCCGUCAGUAAACCAUUCAAUCGGUUCAUUGUGGUUGGUAUAGCUAUCGGGGCCAUUGUGAUACUCCUCAUUCUUAUAUUUAUCUACUGUAAAAUCAAGAAAAAGCGUGAAAAAGAUCUUCACGACGAUUCGCACAGUGAAGAUCCGGACCUAGAGCUUCAUGAGGUCCACCAAUCACAUGGACCUGUCAAUCCGUUGCUUAACAACAAGUCAGAAAUCUCGAACAAUGGUGCACCUCGUCAUGAUGCCGAGGUCACUUACGCGCCAAAGGACCAAAACGGAGACAGUGAACAAUUGACGACUGAUGCUCCCCCAAACGAGUAUGCUUGGUUCAAGCCGAAGAAACGGAGGAGCAAAGGAAUUGAGUAGGGGGAGGGGUGGGACAGUAAAUUGUACAUAUGGGUCAUCAUUUAUACACCUAUUUCAAUUAACAAUGUCGGUGCAAAUGGCAAACGGUAGUUGUGAGAGUAAGUAAUCUAAUAUAAUGAGUUAUUCACAUUGGUAAUUUUGGAUGGUAGCACUGCCAUAUCUCAUUUGCGCUGACAACAUAUUUUGAAAUAAGUGUAUUCAGUACUUUGUACAAUGGUGGUUAUGGAUAGGGUAUCAGAAAAGAGUAGUUUCACCUCAGAUUUUUAGGCAAUCAUUCUUUAUCAAGCAGCAAUCCUUGCCUCUGCAGAAGAAAGAGCCUACAGGUGAAAUAUAGAAUAGCUGCGACUUAUAUUAAUUUUUUAGUCCUUCCAGUGAUAAAGGAAACCGUAAGCUUAUCAAGCUGGGACCGUCAAUCAGCAACUUGCCCUAACGCUUUAAGCUUUAGAGAAAUAACCACAACAAAAAGCUGCUUUUUCAGUUCUUACAAAUCGACCAGAGAGUUUCUAUGCUGCAACUCUGUGGCAUGAAACUCUGUGUUUUCUUUUAGUUUAAAUUGCCACUCAAAAAGUCAAAUGUAUUUUAGUGCAAAAUGCCUAUUCCUCUUGGCAGCUGAUGAUGGUUUGAUUUUAUUUAUUUUAACAUCCCCCUUUCAUGUAGUUGCACAUCUCUAACAGGAGAAGCUAAGUUGUAUCACUAUGCAUUUGUAGGUUGUGUACAUUUAUUUUUUUUUUCAGUAAAACUGAAGUAAAAUGCAGUUGCUUUUUUUAGAAAAUAAAGUAAAUAAAGGAAAAAAGAAAAUGA